CAAAAUUCGUACGUAACGCCUUUCGUUUUGAGCGCGUGGCCUCAUUCCGUUUGCCUCUCUGUCCUUUUUGGUUCUUCCUCUUCCGUUUUUCCAAUUUACCAUCGCCGGACAACGACCCAAAAAGAUUUCGACACCUUCAUCACUCUUACAGCUCUUCCAUCUUCUUCAGAGUUCACUCUUUCUCUCUGUUUCUGGGUUUUGAGUCUUGUUCAAGAUGAACGACCUGCUUACGGAUUCGUUUGUCAGUGAGGCAAGAGCUCAGCCUUCUGGAACAAAUGAUAUUGAAAUGGGAAUUCCUCGUAGCAUGUCUGAUGCCGGAAUGGAUAGUUUCAAUAAGCAGAUCCAAGAGGUUGAGAAACAGGUGGAGAAACUAUCCGGGCUUCUUAAAAAACUUAAGGAUGCAAAUGAGGAGUCAAAAUCUGUUACAAAAGCAUCUGCCAUGAAAGCAAUCAAAAAGCGGAUGGAAAAAGAUAUUGAUGAAGUGGGAAAGAUUGCCCGUGGUGUCAAAGGAAAACUAGAAGGAAUAAGCAAAGAUAACUUAGCCAACCGACAGAAGCCUGGAUGUGAGAAGGGAACGGGUGUUGACAGAUCAAGGAUGAACAUGACAAAUUCCUUGACGAAAAAGUUUAGGGAGAUAAUGAUCGAGUUUCAGACUCUUAGACAAAGAAUCCAAGAUGAAUAUCGUGAGGUUGUGGAGAGAAGAGUCAUUACAGUUACGGGAACUAGACCAGAUGAAGAGACAAUUGACAAUUUAAUAGAAACUGGAAAUAGUGAGCAAAUAUUCCAGAAGGCAGUCCAAGAACAAGGACGGGGACAGGUACUAAAUACUUUGGAAGAAAUUCAAGAGAGGCAUGACACUGUAAAAGAAAUUGAGAAAAAGCUUCUCGACUUGCAUCAGAUCUACCUCGAUAUGGCAGUCUUGGUUGAUGCUCAAGGAGAGGUUUUAGAUAACAUUGAAACUCAGGUGACAAAUGCAGUGGACCAUGUACAAUCAGGGACAGAUGCUCUAACAACUGCAAAGAGCUUGCAAAAGAAAUCGAGAAAAUGCAUGAUCAUUUCCAUAAUCUUGCUCUUGAUCAUUGCACUCAUUAUUGUCCUCUCUAUUCUCAAGCCAUGGAAGAAGUAACAACUCUCCA